AUCGGAUCGCUCUACAUGCGUAUACAGAUGUAACAGCCUUAAUUUCAUUACACCAACAAAGUAACUCCUUCCAUUCCCCAAUUUCCAGAAAUGGUUUCAUUAACGUAAAUGUCAAUGUAUUUUAUCGAUAAUGUACCGAUAAACACUGAUGCGACUUUUAUCCAGCAGGUUUGAGUCGCCUUUAUAAGAAAUACCUUUAAACUCAAACACUCAAUGAGAUCGAAACUGAUAAAACUGAUGUGGAUUCUUAAGACGAUUGAUUUAUUUUAAAUAUAAAGACAUCGAUACGCUGAUUAUGUGACAAUAUCUCUUCAUCCCUUUUAGUGGCAGAGCAUUAACGGUAAGUCCGCGGAUAUUUAUGGCCACUUAAAAUUAACCUGCAAAAAUAUUUACGGUAUCUUCUAUAAUUUAUAUCAUCAUAUCUUUAUUACCAGUACUUUAUUUUAAUCAGUACAUAGAUUUCUGAAAUGCCAAAAAUGGAAUAUGAUAACACGAAAGCUAAGAAUGCCAUUCAUUUAUAUUUUACUUUAAAACGUCGAGUGGUCAACAGAAAAACCGGGCACGCGUUAGCCGACCCGCGCCGCGCACCCCUCCAGCCACUAUGCCAGGUACGGACCCGCACGUACUGGGGGAAGGGAUGAUCGAAAAUAAUAGGGGAAGAGAAUUUUAAAAUUUAUAUUUUUUGCAGCCGGCGCAGGUGAUAUAACGCGUGCGCGUGCGCCGGCGGCUCACUUGUACGUGAAGCUCCGCUGCCGCCGCUCGCGCUCGCCUCUAACCGAAAGCUCCUACGAAGCCUUUCCCUAUCGCGCAGUGCUUUUCCGAUAGCCGCGCCGACCGGUCGUGCUCUUUAUCUGUCGUGAACGCUCGCGCCCGCCGCGCUGUACGCACGUAAAAUGCUACAAGAAAUUCAACUCGUUCAAGGUCAGACGAACUACGUAGUCGUCGCGUCCGGAUAUCCUUCAGCUACAUUAACGAAAACUCCUGCAGAGAAAAGAAACGUACCGAUCGCUCCAGCUCCUGAAAAAAAUUACGUUACACAUGAUACACCGCCGAACUUACAGUACAGGAAAAAGGUGCACUUCAGGACAAAUCCCUACACCGGACCGCAGGCUGCUUCGAUCGCGAGACGUAACGCUCGGGAACGUAACCGUGUGAAGCAAGUGAAUGAUGGAUUCAACGCGCUCCGCCGUCACCUGCCCGCGUCUGUUGUUGCUGCGCUAUCAGGUGGCGCCCGAAGAGGUUCAGGGAAGAAACUCAGCAAAGUUGACACUCUGAGGAUGGUUGUUGAAUACAUCAGGUAUUUGCAACAGUUGCUAGAAGAGAGUGAUGCAGCCUUAGGCAUUACUCGUGAUCAAGAGAAUAGAGAAAAUAUUCCAAGUGGAAACACAUUGCAAUCAAUGACAACUAUGGACAUGGAUGACGGGUUCUUCUACGGUAGUGGGUCUCCGUGUUCAGAGAAGCCUGACUCACCUGCGCCUUCUGAAUGUUCUUCAGGGGUGUCGUCGGCGUACUCAGCUGACCGGUACGAACCUACGACACAACAGAACCUCGGCCCUAUGGACGAAGACGAACUACUGGACGUCAUCUCGUGGUGGCAACAGAAAUAACAAUCAUGUAAACCGUUGUGAAUGACACAAGUGGACGCAACCCUCCGAGAACGAUGUUCAUUAUUUAUUGGUAGUGCAUUUAUCGUUUAUACGAAAAGACUCUUGUAUAUCUAGUCAAACCGGUAGUGCCUUAUUACCUAGAUCAUAAGACUUAGUAUUAUUAAUCAUGUUUUGGGAGAAUCGUGGGACAAUGAAAACAUCUGACAGUCUGAUUUUAUUAAUUCAUAUUUCGAUUAUCGAGGUGUGUAUUUUUUUAAUUUUAAUUGCACUUUUAAGUGUUUGACUGUGUAAAGUACCUCUAAAUUAUAUCGAUAUUAAAUCGAUAGUUUGUUUGGUAUAGGCUGUUAUACUUUUAGUAUGCUUUGUGAAACAAGACGGCCGAUAGUACACGUUACCUUUUACUGUUAUUACCGAACCUGACGCACAAUGUAUUAUCGGCCGAGUCGAUGAUAUUGUAAAUAUACCUUAAUUAGUUCUAAGUGUAGGCUAAGAAAUUAAAGCUAUUUAUUGAACCUAA